GUAGCCUCAGAGCCCCUGCUUUAUUCUGUGGGACUAAUUCACACUGCUCUGGGCUAUCAGGACGUCAUUCUCCGGUGCACGCUGGGAAAUGUAGUCCCGCUCUCAGCAACCGCACUAAUAGAAGAGCACUAUAGAACUACAACUCCCACAAGGCAGUGCGAAGGUCACCAUCGGGGCCUGCAGAAGCGCACAGGACACAUGAAGUUCAUUGAGUGACAGGCUGAGCCAUGAGUCUGUGCCGGUGUGUGUGGAGGGCUGCGGCGAGGAGGUACUGCCCACCCGGCUACAGCCUGUACUUCCAACCCCACAGCGGGAGGGUGCCCUCCAUCGGCGGGUGCUGGGUGCAGCCCUACUUCACAGGCAGCCCCGUAUACCAGGUGCGGGAACAGAACAAGCGCUCCUCUCUGCAGGCCAAGGUUGAAGAUGCCCCUCCACUGACCACGGCCCAGAAAGUGAAACGAGCAGGAACAGACUUCACAUAUUUCAUUGUGGCUAUUAUAGGAGCUGGGAUUACAGGGGGACUUUUGUAUGUGGUGUUUUCGGAACUGUUUUCUUCUUCAAGCCCCAAUAAAUUAUAUGGAAACGCCUUUGAGAAGUGCCGAAACCACCCUGAGGUUAUCGGAGCAUUUGGUGAACCUAUCAAGGCAUUUGGGGAGACUACAAGGCGUGGAAGAAGACAGCAUGUUGCCUCCACGGAAUAUUUUAAAGAUGGCUUAAAGUGUAUGCGGCUGAAGUUUUACAUCUCUGGUUCAGAGCCAAGAUUGCAAGGUGUUGUGCAUGUGGAUGUGAAAGAGAGCCCAGAAAGCAAGAAGUUUGAAUUUCAGUAUAUAAUAGUUGAAGUCGAGACUAUUCCACGCAGAACUAUUGUUGUGGAGGAUAAUCGUUCCUAAAUUACUUAAGUACUGAGCAAUCCUUUUUAUUGGUGUGAAAAGCAUUUCAGAAGUGUGGAAUCCAUAAGGCUUGCUUUGGCAAGAAAUGGUACACGCAGAAUGGGCUGCAGAUGUAUCGUGACUCGCUUGUUUAGAAGAACGGAACUCAAAUGAAUCAUCCAGUUAUUUUCUUCAAAAGGCAUAUGAAGACUCCCUAACCUUAUCAUUGUGUUAAUCAUGUGGUUUCUGCCUCCAUCAGAAAAAUAGACAAUUCAUUUUAUGCCAAAUACACACUGUCCAUAUUGUGUUAUUUUUUUUUUUUUUACUUCAUGCUUUUGUCCUUUUUAUCUUUACAAUAAGGCAUUAAAAGAAGCCAAUCGUACACUGUAAUUCAUUGUACUAUUACAAGUGUCUAUAUUGUGCGCGACCAGGUUGUUGCAUAAUGACAGAUGUGAAGAAUAAAGAUAAAGAAUGUUUUGUUAUUUCU